GUUGUCAUGCGAAGGAUGACUCUUCAGAUACAUAUUUCAUUAAUCGCGCAAACAGUUGUUUGGUAAAACGAUUUUUUUUCAUCGAUUCUAAUGAAAUAUGAAGAGGAAAGAAGCGUAUUAUGGACGCAUGCGUACGAAAGGCGACAUUAGAAGAAUCAAGAGGGUAGCACCUGCCUUAGAUACCGGCAAAACAACACACGAAAUUUCGUGAACAACGCAACAAAAAGAACGCGUCUGCCGAGAAAGCCUCUAGAGCGGUGCUGUAAAUCCUGAGGAAAGACUAAAUAAAAAUGGGACUUUUGUCGAUACUCCGUAAACUACGUUCUAAUCCGGACAAAGAGUUACGGUUACUUCUUCUCGGACUGGACAAUGCUGGAAAAACAACGAUCUUGAAGUGCCUCGCGAGUGAAGAUAUAACUCAAGUUACUCCGACUCAAGGAUUCAACAUAAAGAGUGUGCAAAGUGAGGGCUUCAAACUCAACGUCUGGGACAUCGGUGGUGCUAGAAAAAUCCGGCCGUAUUGGCGAAAUUAUUUCGAAAACACCGACGUGCUGAUCUACGUGGUGGACAGUGCGGAUAUAGCGAGAUUGGAAGAAACGGGGCAGGAACUUUCAGAGCUUCUAGUCGAAGACAAAUUGCGCUCCAUACCCCUCCUCGUUUAUGCGAACAAACAAGACUUGGGUCAAGCGGUAACAGCUGCUGAAAUUGCCGAGGGUCUGGGUCUCCACAAUAUUAAGGAUCGUGACUGGCAGAUCCAAUCUUGCAUAGCGACCGACGGAAAGGGCGUCAAGGAGGGCUUGGAAUGGGCGUGCAAAAGCAUCAAGAAGAAAUGAUAAAUUUGAAAAAGGCGGAGUAUUGCAGAGGUGGAUGGACGUGAGGGAGAAUAAAAGUACGAAAACAA